AUGAAAUUGUUUAGUUAUCCUGUAUUUAUAGAUCAUCUCUUAAGGGAAAUAUCAUAUGCCUAUUCUAAUCAUAGAAACCCUGUUUUAUACUAUGACACAGAUAUCAUGGUCAUGAAGUAUAUCAUCAGUUUUCUCCUGGACUCCACGCUCGGCUUAGUCAUCAUCUGGGCUGGAAUCAGACUGAGCAUUUACAUGGGGCAGACGAAGGGCAUGCCGACACUCAUCUUCGGAGAAUAUGGUCGCCCUCCAUCCAUUCGCGCAUGGGGUCACCAGUGCGCGCUGUAUGUGGGCAUCAUGGUGGUGGAGAAGGUGUUUAUUACUGGCCUUUUAGCCUUCCAUUUCUGGUCCAGUGUCAGGGAUCUCAUCCUGGCCCCCAUAACCGAUCCUCAAGUUCGCGUGGCGGUGGUUGUGCUAGUCAUUCCGUUCUUUGUUAAUGCACUUAUCUUCUGGGUAACAGACAACUUCUUGAUGCUGAAGGUGCGGCAAAUACAUGAUGAUGGUGUAGAGACUGGCUACAGUGAGGUCUCUACAUCCG